CUCGUCGACCGGCUGGACGAAGUCGGGCGUCGGCGGGCUCCGCCGCAGCGCCGAGGGCCCGGAGCCAUGGGGAGCCUGAAGGAGGAGCUGCUCAAGGCCAUCUGGCACGCCUUCACCGCGCUCGACCUCGACCGGAGCGGAAAGGUGUCCAAAUCCCAGCUCAAGGUUCUGUCUCACAAUCUGUGCACCGUACUGAAUGUCCCACAUGACCCUGUGGCACUGGAGGAGCACUUCAGGGAUGAUGACGAAGGUCCUGUCUCUAAUCAGGGGUACAUGCCAUACUUAAACAAGUUCAUCUUGGAAAAGGUUCAAGGAAACUUCAACAAGAUUGAGUUCAAUAGGAUGUGUUGGACUCUUUGUGUCAAAAAAAACCUUACUAAAAGCCCACUGCUCAUCAGCGAUGAAGAUUCUUUCAAAGUGUGGGUUAUUUUCAACUUUUUGUCUGAGGACAAAUACCCAUUAAUUAUUGUGCCAGAAGAGAUAGAAUACCUGCUUAAGAAACUUACUGAAGCUAUGGGAGGUGGUUGGCAGCAAGAACAAUUUGAACAUUACAAAGUCAACUUUGAUUCCGAUCGAGACGGCCUUUCUGCCUGGGAACUAAUUGAACUGAUUGGAAAUGGACAAUUUAGCAAAGGCAUGGAUCGACAGACUGUGUCAAUGGCAAUUAAUGAAGUUUUUAACGAGUUAAUAUUAGAUGUGUUGAAACAGGGUUACAUGAUGAAAAAAGGCCACCGAAGGAAAAACUGGACUGAACGUUGGUUUGUGCUAAAACCCAACAUUAUUUCGUACUAUGUGAGUGAAGAUCUUAAAGACAAGAAAGGAGACAUAUUGUUGGACGACAGCUGCUGUGUAGAGUCCUUACCUGACAGAGAUGGGAAGAAGUGCCUUUUUCUUAUAAAAUGUUUAGAUAAGACCUUUGAGAUCAGCGCCUCAGAUAAGAAGAAGAAACAGGAGUGGAUUCAAGCCAUCCAUUCCACGAUCAAUUUGUUGAAACUGGGGAAGCCGCCACCUCACAAAGAAGCCCGCCAGAGACGGAAAGAGCUGCGCAAAAAGAUUCUGGCUGAGCAGGAGGAGUUGGAGCGGCAAAUGAAAGCACUUCAGGUGGCCAACGAGAACAAACAGCAGGAACUAGAAACUGUGAGGAAGAAACUGGAAGAAGCAGCAACUCGGGCUGCAGAGGAGGAGAAGAAGCGUCUUCAGACUCAAGUUGAAUUACAGGACAGAUUUAGCCUGGAGCUGGAAAGAGAGAAACUAAUUAGGCUUCAGAUGGAGGAACAGGUUGCCCAGAAAUCAUCUGAACUGGAACAGUACUUGCAGAGAGUUCGUGAACUUGAAGAAAUGUACGUAAAGCUACAGGAGGCGCUGGAAGAUGAGAGACAGGCUCGGCAAGAUGAAGAGACCGUGCGGAAGCUUCAAGCCAGGCUGUUAGAAGAGGAGUCUUCAAAGAGAGCAGAGCUGGAAAAGUGGCAUUUAGAGCAACAGCAGGCUAUUCAGACCACUGAAGCGGAGAAGCAGGAGUUAGAGAACCAGCGCGUUCUUAAGGAAUGUGCUCUUCAGCAGGCAAUGGAGCAACUGGCACGACUGGAGCUGGAGAGGAAGCAGGCCCUCGAGCAGUACGAGGGAGUGAAAAAGAAGCUGGAGAUGGCAGCAAGCAAGACCAAGAGCUGGAAGGAUAAAGUGGCACAACAUGAGGGAUUAAUUCGGUUGAUAGAACCAGGUUCAAAAAAUCCUCACUUAAUCACCAACUGGGGACCAGCGGCCUUUACCCAAGCAGAACUUGAAGAAAGAGAGAAGAACUGGAAAGGGAAAAGAGCACCGUCUAAUUCGGAGUCACAGGAGUAGCGUGGACACGGGGAUCCUGAGAAUUGGUGUUAAUGAAGGUUGAUGCUAAAAAUAAAAUAAAACAAAAAGACUGGCCUUUCCCCUUUUAGGUAGUUUCCCUGUUUUGUGUGCUACAGACUGGGUCAAUGUAUAACACAAGCCCCUCUUCCUAUUUAUAUUUUUCUCUAAUAAGGGCCAGUACUGGAGUGUUAUUGUUCGUUUCCCCCACCCCCCAAAAAAAUUGUAACUUCUAAAAUAACCCUUUUAUGAAUUGGAAAAGUAUUCAUCAAUUUUAUUCAUAAUAGCAAUAAAAAUGUGAUUGACA